AUGGCGGAAUCUCGUAAGUCAAACAUACCGCAUGUCCGGCAACCAUCUUCUGAGUCAGAUACAGUGCCACAUUCGUCAACUUUUCAGCCAUCUGGGCCUUCUUCAACCACUUUGCCUUAUUCUAGAUUAUCCCCCCUCUCGCAAGAGGUAGACUCCUCAACUUUAUCAAGGCUGGCCACGCCUUCAUUGAGUGCCACUUCAUCAACUACUUCGUGUCUCUAUGACCCACCUUUAAGUGUUUCUAUGAUGGCUUGUGGACCCUAUGAUCCGAAAACUCCCUCUUGCCAGCCGAACACGCGGUCUAAGCUUCAGCAACAAGGUCAGGUCUUGGUCUAUGAGUCAGGGAAAAAGUUCUAUCCCCAUCCCCGUGGCUCGCCUGUUCAUUUGACUCCAUACGAGUGCUUCAUUAACAAAACAGGAACACCCAUAUCUUGCCAGUUUCUUCCCCCGUCUUCUCCUGCAGAAAAGAGUGUGCUUGGUACCCUACCAAGACAUGACUUUAAUAGUCGCGAAAGCCCACACCUUCCCUCUAUUACCAAUCACAAGUCGUCCAAAAGCACAUAA